GGGUGGGGGACCCGAAGAGGAAAUGUGUGGGGAGGUAGGAGGAGGCACUGCACGCCCUUUGAUGCCCCAUAGUUGGCUCUUUACUCGACCAAUCCUAACUAGGAAGGACCACACCCCACAAACGCCCUAUAAGAACCCCUCCGCACUUGCAAAUCUUCUUCAUUCACAAUAUCAAACAUACAUCUCUCAAACCAAACCAAACUCACCAAACAGUGCAGCUUCCUUAGCUUCUUUGCAAUAAUCACAUAGAACAAGUAGUAUGAAGAUGAGCAGCAGCAACAGCAGCAGCAGCAAGAGAAGGAUUUCCAGCCGAGGGCUUGGCGGUGUCCUCCGAGAACAGAGGGCCAGGCUCUACAUCAUCAGACGAUGCGUCGUCAUGCUUCUUUGCUAUCAUGACUGAAGACGGCAGGCCGUCGAGCACCAACAUGAUGAUGAAUUUGACCCUCUUUUCCUAAUUUUCUGUCGAUCGACUUUGUUAGAGUUGUAAAUAGCAGCGGCAGGACAGGAGGAAUUAAUUAGCCUCAGAAACUUGACAAUUUUGUACUGAUUAUUGCAGUCCUUCUUGUAUACAUAUCAUUAAUUUGAUUCAAUUCAAGAUCUUAGUUUCUUUCUUAAAA